AUGCAGUUUGGAUGGUAUUCCCACUUAAUGCAUAUAUCACGGGUACAACCCAACUUUAUUGCUUUUUAUGGCUUAACAAAUCAUAGACGAUGUCUAAACUUGGAUGAUUUGUCUGAAACGGUUGUCCAUUUAAUGCUAACACCAUCAGUAUUACCUGAUCCAUAUACCACCGUUGUUGUAGGUAAUGCAUUUCGUAAUACCAUCAGUUGGUGA